UCACACUCUCUCUCCUCUCCUCUCUCCUCAUCACUCUCUUAACAGCUUCCCCUGCUUUAUAUACUCCACCUCCUCAACCUUCCACAUUGUUCUCUCUCUGUAAUUCCUCCUUCAUUCAGACAUUUCAUCAAACACCUUCUCUGCAACGCACUUAACACUUAACCCUACUGAACACUCUCUAAAGCUAACAUCAAUGGCAGACGGCCAUGAAAGAACAGAGCCUGAGACCUCCCAAAAUGAUACUACAUCAACUUCAUCUUCUCAAACCCCUUCUGGGUUACCCAACAACAAGCGGAAGAGAGAGAACAGCAAAGACCCAGUUUACAGAGGAGUGAGAAUGAGGGCUUGGGGAAAAUGGGUGUCCGAAAUUCGGGAGCCAAGGAAGAAGUCUCGAAUAUGGCUCGGUACUUUUAAUACACCAGAGAUGGCGGCGCGUGCGCAUGAUGUGGCGGCGCUUUGUAUUAAGGGUAACUCGGCGAUUCUUAACUUCCCUGAACUGGCUAAGUCGCUGCCUCGACCGGCGUCGAAUUCUCCCCGUGAUGUUCAGGCUGCUGCUGCGUUGGCCGCCGCGAUGGUUUCCCCGUCGCCGUCUCAGUCGCCUGCGGUUUCGUCUUCGUCGUCGGAGGUUAAUGGGCCUGAGGAGGAGCUAAGUCAGAUAGUUGAGCUUCCGAGUCUGGAGGACGAGGGUGCUGACUCGGCCGAGUCGAUGAGUGAGUUAGUGUUGGUUGACUCGGUGGAGGAGUGGGCUUACUCAUCGGUUUGGACGGACGAGAUGAUGUUGCGUGACUUCCUGUAUGAAUCGACGGCUGACAUUUCAUUGGCUGAUUACGGGGUAGGAUAUACAUAUUACUGAUUUAAUUGAAAAAAAAAAAAUGUUGUUCUCUUUUUGAGAGACUGGAAUUUUCUUCCUGUUAAUACCAAAAACAAAUGUUAGUUUC